UUUUAUGACUCAAUGGAUCUUUAAAGUGAGGAAGUGGCCUUCAAACCCCUUCUGACGUUUUCUCUUUUUGAGAUAGACCUGUCCAGAUUUGUCAUCAAUCUUGUCAUCAAAUCUUGGAUUCAGAAGAUUCAGAGGUCCUAGAUCCAUUGGUUUAAAUUGGCUUAUUGCACUGGACAAGAUGACGGGAGAAGAGGUGUCUAUUAUGAAUCAGGUGCUAUAGAGUGUUUCAUCCCUGGUCAUUGCCAGUUACCCGAUUUUUGUUCUGUCACUGGACUUUGAUGACUUUGGAAGAGAAAGUGAGAUUGACAACUUUGUGCAACUCCACCUCACUUAAAUCUACUCUGUGAUGACGGUGGUCCUUUUCAAAAGUGAAGAACAAACAAGAACAGUGGGAAAUGAGACAAGACUACCAACAAAAGGACAUGAUAAUCAUCUUUAGACUGAGACAAGAACAGAAGCAUUUCUAGGAAGGAGUGACAAAACAGGAGCAGGAGGCAGGAAAACGCUACUGCCUUAUCUCAGAAGCCCAGCAACAAGAGGAAAUGGAAGCAUAAAAUCAGAGUUCAAGACCUGAAGCACAUGCUUAAUGCUUAGAAGGUACAAGGUCCAAGGUCCAUUGGGACGAGACGCUUAAAGGACUUUCCGGCAGUGUCAGGACAUGGAAACGACUUUCAUGGAGCCCAGGGAGGAAACAACCACAUUUGACUAUGACUAUGGGUCUCCAUGCGAAAAGAUGAACAUUAAGAAUCUAGGAGCCAAGUUCCUGCCUCCUCUGUACUCCUUUGUGUUUAUUGUGGGCCUACUGGGUAAUGUCAUGGUGUUGCUGAUUCUUAUUAAGUACAAGAGAUUCAAGAGUAUGACCAACAUCUACCUCUUCAACUUGUCCAUUUCAGACCUGCUUUUCCUGCUCACACUUCCCUUCUGGAUUCACUAUGCCAGGCAAAAUGACUGGGUUUUUGGGCAUACUAUGUGUAAGCUCCUCUCUGGUUUUUAUUAUAUGGGCUUAUACAGUGAAAUUUUCUUUAUUGUCCUGUUGACCAUUGACAGGUACCUAGCUGUGGUCUAUGCCGUAUUUGCCCUGAAAGCCAGGACAGUCACUUUUGGCAUCUUCACUAGCAUUAUCACGUGGGGCUUGUCAGCACUGGCAGCUUUUCCCGAGUUUAUCUUUUAUGAGUCCCAAAAGGACAUGGACAAUCAGAUAUGCAGCCCUCGUUAUCCUGAGAACAACGAAGACAAAUGGAAGCGUUUCCACGCUCUGAGAAUGAACAUCUUGGGACUUGCUAUUCCAUUGGCCAUCAUGAUCAUCUGUUACACGGGAAUCAUUAAAAAACUGCUCAGAUGUCGGAAUGACAAGAAGUAUAAGGCAGUCAGGCUCAUCUUUGUCAUCAUGAUUGUCUUCUUUCUUUUCUGGACCCCUUAUAAUCUUACCCUUCUUCUCUCUGCUUUUCAAGCAUCUUUUUUUAAGGGGGACUGUGAGAGAAGCAAACAACUGGAUGUGGCAAUGCAAGUAACUGAAGUGAUUGCCUAUACUCAUUGUUGUGUCAACCCCGUGAUUUAUGCCUUCGUUGGGGAACGAUUUCGGAAAUACCUCUGUCACUUCUUCCACAGACACAUCGUGAUCCAUCUGUGCAACUAUAUCCCCUUCCUGCCUACUGAGAAGCUGGAACGAGUCAGCUCGAUUUCUCCAUCCACAGGAGUGCAGGAGCUCUCUGCUGCAUUUUAGGGCAAGAUUACAUAAACCUUUUCCCCAAAGAAACAUGGUAGAGACCAUACCUUUUUGGGCAUUUGACUGUCCAGACUAAAAUUCCACAUUCCAGGCAAAAAAAUCUUAGCUCUGGGAUAAGGUCAAACACAUAAGCAGAAAAUGGAACUUUCACACAAGAAAUGUGCCAAUCCACUAAUCAAAACCUAAGCCUGGAAAACAAAAUUUAAGAAAAGUUAUUUUGAUAUCUUUUAUUUUUUGUAUAAUUUUCCUAUAAAUUGUCUCUCUACUCCAGAAUCAUUACCCCUUGGAACAAAAUAAAACAAGUGAGCAAAUCAGGUGGUAAUUACCACACCUGGAAGAAUAUAUUGCAUUCUGUCCUAGUAAUCUUCCACCUAUGUUACAAAGGAAAAGGUAGGUUUCAACAUAUGUUCUACAGGUCCUUCUUCAACUUUCAAUUAUUCAGUGUUCAACUUCAUUUUAGGGAUUUUUCUUCAUUUAUAUCAUUGUAGAAAUUGUGGAUCCUUUACCCUUGGUUCUGCUUAUUUUACUUUGUAUUAAUUUGCAUAAAUCUUCCAAUGUUUCUCUGAAUUUCUCAUCUGUCCUUUUAUAUGCAUGGUAAUAUACCAUUAUAUUCCUAUAUUGUAGUUUUUCAGUGAUUCCUCAGUCAAUGGAUGUCUACCUACUUUGUGGAAAGCAGACUUUAAAUCAAUUCUUUACAGAAUGACAUAAAAUUUAUUUUGUUUGUUGUUCAGCAAUUGUCAAUUAUAACUUUGUAAACAUGCAAAAAGAAUCCUGUUUUUCAGCAUCAUUUUUUUCAAUAAAUUUUUUUUUCAAUUUUCCUA